UUACAGAAGAUUGUUAGUUAUUAGUGCGAAUGUCAUACGCGUAUCUCUUCAAAUAUAUUAUAAUAGGAGACACAGGAGUGGGGAAGUCAUGUCUCCUGCUUCAGUUCACCGACAAGCGCUUCCAACCUGUACAUGACUUGACGAUCGGUGUAGAGUUUGGCGCUCGAAUGAUUACCAUCGAUAGCAAACAAAUUAAGCUACAGAUUUGGGACACAGCUGGUCAGGAAUCUUUCCGUUCAAUAACGCGCUCAUAUUAUCGUGGAGCAGCAGGCGCACUUCUUGUUUAUGAUAUAACACGGCGUGAUACAUUCAACCAUCUGGCUUCUUGGUUAGAGGACGCACGGCAGCAUUCAAAUUCUAAUAUGGUUAUUAUGCUUAUCGGGAAUAAAAGUGAUUUGGAAGCGCGACGGGAGGUGAAAAAGGAAGAGGGGGAGGCAUUUGCACGUGAGCAUGGUCUGAUUUUCAUGGAAACAUCUGCAAAAACUGCAGCAAACGUGGAAGAGGCAUUCAUUGAUACUGCUAAAGAAAUUUAUCGGAAAAUACAGGAAGGCGUUUUCGAUAUCAAUAAUGAAGCAAACGGUAUCAAACUUGGACCACAGCAUUCUCCAAGUUCACCCAAUUCUCCUAGUGGUAAUCAGGCACUAGGAGGUCCGAACGGUUGCUGCUGAAAUCUAAUCGGGCAGACUCCAUUAUAUGUUGUGUAAUCCUUCUAUAUGAAUCAAAAAGAAAUGUCCAAUGAAAUUUAAGUUUCUAGUCAAUCUUAUUUGCUUGAAUGUUGAUUUCAAAAUAUUUUCCCAAAAAGGUUGUUAUAUUUAGUCAAACAUAUUAUCCUUGAAAUGUUUUCUAAAAUGAAAUUCUAUCGCCGUUCUGGGAGCACAAAGACUUUGAUCCGUGUUGUGUAGUUGGGUUGCACACUUGCAUUUCUUGCUUUUUCUACGUUUAUGUACAUAAUUUAGUGAUCCUGUGAAGUGAGUUUUGAUUUUAAACUAAACCAAUUCAAUUUACCCUUCAUUGUGUUAAAGCAACUUUCACUAAGGCAGAAUAUUUUUACUGUCAUACUAUCAUAAAUUCAGCAUGUUCUUUGGUGUAUAUCGUUUCUGUUUUCUUGCUAUUAGUUGUUGAUGUUUUCUUCCUGACUUAAUGAGCAGAAUGGUUCUCUUUUUCCAUUCGCCAGAAUUUUAAUUUGAAUUUACCAUUCAAACUUCUCUCAUGAUAUUCGUGUUCUUCCUUGUUUUAGUUUUUUUCUUUAAAUCGAAAUGUCCAUUUUAUUUUAGAGUCCAAUUCUUUCUUUCUGAUUAUAUAUGUGUUCUUUUCGUUUUUGUUCUUUCUAGUGCUCUUCUAUAUGUG